UCCAUGUGUAUUUGAAAGUCAUUUUUUUCUUCUUUUUUGACAAACUCAAUAGCAACCCACCGUAGGCGUUGUCAUUUAGCUGCAGGCAAUCAUAUAGAUCUCUCCUCGUGUACACUCUUUACUUAUAAUUCAGCAUCUACGAUAUAUCGCGCAACUCUUUAACCUUUACCAAAACCGACUAUUCACGUAUAAACAAUAGUAAAAUGGCCAAUACGGGAGUUGCAACACCAGCGUCUACUGCUUCGCCAUUACUAGCACAACGUCAAUCGCCUCUAAUCCAAGCCCCUCACAGUCAGAAAGUGGAAGUAGCAGUAGUAUUUGUUGUGGACGGCUCAGCAAGGAUGAAACAUCAUUUCCGAAUUCUAUAUGAAGCUUAUGUCGAGCCUAUUAUAAGGCAAUUGCGAUCACCCAUAGCAACUGAAAAUGACAACGGACAUACCAAAUCAAAAAUAACGCCCGUUUUAAAGUAUGGACUCGUUAUAUUUGGAGACUAUGAGCCAUCUUCGGAUGUCACUGUAGAUAAGAAAUAUUUCACAUCCGAUGCUAUUUUAUUUCAAGAUAUCUUCAAAAGUACUACCUUUGAGAAUGGAGGCAUACUGAAAAAUGCAGUUGAAGAAGGCAUGGUGGCUGCUUUAGAGCUUUUCGAUGAAUAUAGGGCUGAAUUGGAUGGUAAAGAGCCUAUACAGCACUGCAUUUUGAUUUCGAACAGUCUACCGUACAAAAAUCGAACAAAAUGCAAUUUAGACGACAAGUAUAGUGGGCUUAAUAUGAAUGAUAUUGCCGACGAGAUGAGAAAGGCAAAUGUAAAGCUCUCAUUCAUUUCACCAGAGAUCAAAUCCAAAGAAGUAGACAAUAUCAUUUCGCUCAUAAAUGAAGAAAGAACAGAAGUCAAUACAGUGCAAGAGACUGUAAUUCCAUCACAUGUAGUUAAAUUAGCUGGUUUCAAUUUGCCUACACUACCGGCGUUGACAAGUCAAUCUUCAAUACCACAAAAGCAUAGCUCACCACAAUUGUUAUCCAACGAGCCAAAUAAGAAGAAGAAAAGAGACAAUAUUCCUGGGCAGAUUAGCUUACCUAAGCCAUCUUUUGAUGGGAAGAACUUUGCAGAAGCGGAUACUAGAAAUAAUGCACAAAUCCCUGACAAACAACCAUCGACGACUGAUAUCAAACAAGAACCGGAAGCAGAAAUGGAUACCAAUAAACAAAGCUCGCCAGCGCUUGCUGAUAAGCAAACCUUUACUAAUCAAACAACGAAGGCAUCACCUGGGAUACAGCAAUCUCAGCCGAAUCAGAAUGUGCCACCAAAAACACAUAUGUCACCGACACAACAGCAAUUACAAUCUCAUCCACAGACUCUUCCACAAAGCCUUCCACAGCAGCAAAUGCAAUCUCCUUCUUUGGUUAAACAGCAAAUGCAAAGUACACCUCAACCUACUCAUUCAACACCAAAACAACAACCACAAAAUCUUCAAGCGCAAAUGCAACAGACACCUCAGUUUCCACCUCAGCAAGCUUUGCAACAGCAACAACAAGUUUCCCCUCAACAGCAAUUACAACAGUUACAGCAUGCUCAACAACAGCAACAGUUUCAACAAUUACAGUUACAACAAAUGCAUCAAGCCCAGCAGCAAUUACAGCAACAGCAACAGCAACAGCAACAGCAACAGCAACAGCAACAGCAACAGCAACAGCAACAGCAACAGCAACAGCAACAGCAACAGCAACAGCAACAGCAACAGCAGCAACAGCAACAGCAACAGCAACAGCAACAGCAACAGCAACAGCAACAGCAACAGCAACAGCAGCAACAGCAACAGCAACAGCAACAGCAACAGCAACAGCAACAGCAACAGCAACAGCAACAGCAACAGCAACAGCAACAGCAACAGCAACAGCAGCAACAACAGCAAGCACCCAACCAACAACAACAGCAGAGGCCUUCCCUUAAUCAGGCACAGUUUCAACAUCAAAUGGCGGGCCGCAUGCAAAAUCCUUUGCAGAUACAACAAUAUCUCAUACAACAAAGAAACCACCUACUGUCCCAGGGUGUAAAUUUAACGCCUCUUCAACAGAAUCAAUUGCAACAAAUCCAGGCAGCCUUGUUGCGAGUAAGUGGUCAGUUACGACGAACUUCAGGAGCAGGUACAACAAAUAAUACGAAUGUAUCCCAAGCGCCCGCAGAAUCAAUAGGUACACCAGCCACCACUGCCUCUAUACCUGCUGGAUCGUCGCCUGUUGCAUUCAAUAACAACUUAUCCGUAAGACCAGGAACUCCUGAUCUUGGUAGUGCCAAUAUACCUAAUAAUGACUCUAAUAUGCUCUCGCAGCAGCAACAACCGCAAAUUAAUAUUGCGCAACUACCUGCCAAUCUCACACCACAGCAGCGAAUGCUUAUUGCUGCACAGUUGGCGCAAAGAAAUGGCGGUAGACCGCCUAACCUAACCGAUCUACAAGCCCAGUUAUUACAGCAUCAAGCCCAAGCUCAACAACAGAUAAUACAGCAACAGCAACAACAGGCUCAACAAGGACAAACACCUCAGCAGCCGCAGCAGCAGCUCCCUCAACAAGGGCUUCAGACACCUCAGAUGCAACAAGCAUUAGCGCAACAACAACAACAAACACCGCAACACCUGACACUACAGCAACAGGCAGUCAACCUACAACAAACUCCACAGGUUCAAGUUCAAGGUCAACAGCAAACUCCACAACAACAAAUUCAAGCAGCACAACAACAACAUCCACAACAGCAGCAUCCUGUAGGCUCUGUGCCCACGAACCCUAUUUGGACUGGAGAAAUUGUAUGGCAUAUCAAAACACCUGAAGGUCAACUUCAAGAAUUCAGUUGCCAUUGUGGCGCAUUUGCUAUCACGUUAAAAGGAAAUAGUGUAAGCUUAGAGGAGUAUCGUCCUGAGAUAUGGCCUACACGUCUUCAAAUUGCUGGACGUUCACCUUUAGCACGUGCACAAAUCGUUCAACGACAAGCCAUUGAGAAUAAAUUACCAUUCUGUCAGUUCAGACCCUUAAAUACGAGUAGUCAACAGGAUCAAACAAAUUUCACUUUAUUAGUUCGAAACCUUGACCAAAAGAAAUAUAUUGCCACUAUAUCCUUCAAUUCCAAUACACCAGGAAAUAAUGAUCAGCAUGGCGUUGUCUUGACUCAUACAGCUGGUAAGCUGUUGGGUAUUGUGUUCGCAAAUGCCAAUCUUCCUGAUUUGAAUGCCAGUAUACCUAAUAUGCCACCAAGUAACAAUCUUCCAUCCAAUUCUAUACCACAAGGGCUUCCUCAACAACAACAACAACAACAACAACAACAACAAGGCUCAGCAAUGCCUGUUUCGGCGGGUAAUGUGAAUGCUGCCAUAUUUGCUGGCCUUCAGAAUACAGCCAAUCUGCAUUUAUUAAAUGGCGCUAACGCAGCCAAUUUGCAACAGUUACAGAAUCAACUUAGACAACAACAGAUGCUGAAUGCUGCAGGUUUAGGAAAUCCAGCCAAUGCACAACAACAGCAGCAGCAAACAUCUACUCCACAACAGAUCCAGAAUCAACAACAAAACAUGAAUGGAUUAAAUGCAAAUAGUCUUUUAUUGUCGAACUUAAAUCUUAAUAAUGGUGUCCCUAAUAAUGCCAUGGCUGCUGCCGGAAAUCUGUUUGGUAUGAAUAACAUUAAUAUGGCUAAUUUGGCUAACUUGGGCAAUUUACAGCCAAACGCGAUGAGAGACUUACACCAAAGGCUGCUAUUAGCAAGGCAGCAGCAGCAGCAGCAGCAGCAAGGGCAACAGCAACCACCACAGCCAUCUCAGCAGCAGCAACCCCCUAACAUGUAAAUUUUCCCUCUUACGAACCAACAUGCUGCACACUUUUCCUUUUUACAAUGAAAAAUCUAUAUUUAAUAAUAUUAUGACAACACAGACAAUGUAACUUGCUUUAGAUAUCCUUCAUUAAAGGAGAAGAAAGUUCUUCCCUUAUUACAUUUGCCCACAUUCUAAGUAUAAUUUACAAUAGUAAGUUAAUAAAAAGUAAAAGAAAGCAAAUCUACAUCCUUUCUGUUCAUACCUGUG